CCCAGCGCGGUGGCCGCAUCACCGGGUAGACCUCGCGAAGCGCGCACGUGUUGCUCCGAGACUCGCGCGCGAUCUUCGUUCGAUUUUUUGAUUUUUUUUGAGAAAAAACUCCGCCGGAAUUAUGCCGAGGAGUGGCGCUUUCGAAAGCGCCUGUCGCAGGGAAAGGUGAUUUGCGAAAGUGCCGCGAAAAUGAACGUUAAACACAGAAAAUCCUUGCAGACUGUAUGCUGUGCGGUGGUUUUCGCCUAUUUCAUGUUGCUGGUCUACCAGACUUUCGGUGGAGUCCGUUUAGGGGUAGUGGUAAACGAGGAAGUGCGUUCGGAUAAAUUCCAUUACCGGGAGAGGAGUUUGACGGAGGAUCGUUCUCAAACCGAAAUGGAGGUUCCGUUGGAAUUGACCAGCGAAUUCGCCACGGCGACGGCCACGGUUAAACCGCCCACGACUACAUUGGACGAUAUCUUCAUCAGCGUGAAAACGACGAAGAAUUACCACAGGAAAAGGCUGCCCAUCAUAUUGAAGACUUGGUUCCAAUUGGCCAGGAAACAGACGUGGUUCUUCACAGACACCGAUGACGCGGAGUUCCAGUUAAAAACUAACGGCCACAUGAUCAACACGAAUUGCUCGUCGUCGCACAGCAGGAAGGCCCUCUGCUGCAAAAUGUCGGUCGAAUUCGAUUCGUUCCUGAACACCGAUAAACGGUGGUUCUGUCACUUCGAUGAUGAUAAUUACGUGAACGUGCCCAGACUGGUGCGAUUUUUGGGCGACUACAAUCCAAAGGACGAAUGGUAUUUGGGCAAGCCCAGCAUCCAGGCGCCCUUGGAAAUCGUAAAGAAGGAGAAAAAAACUGUGAAAAAAAUCAAAUUUUGGUUCGCCACAGGCGGCGCCGGUUUCUGCCUCAGUCGAGCGCUCGCAGUCAAGAUGAUGCCUUUCGCAAGUAAUAGCAGAUUCAUAAGCACCGGAGAGCGAAUUCGUCUACCGGACGAUGUAACAAUGGGAUACAUAAUAGAACAUCUUUUGAAGCAACCUCUUACCGUUGUGGAUCAAUUUCAUUCGCAUUUGGAGCCGAUGAAGUUCAUCAGAAAAGACACGAUUGAAGAUCAGCUAUCUUUCAGUUACGCAAAAGCGAAGGAGGAAUGGAACGUGGUGAAAAUCGACGGUUUCAGCGAAACCGAAGACCAAUACAGGUUCCUGUCACUUCAUUGUUUCUUGUUCCCGUACUUCAGCUUUUGUCCCAGACGGAGGUAGGAAAAAAUAAUGACGGGAGGACGAGAAAAGGCAUCAGAAAUCGUAGGAAUUCGAGUGAUGUAAUGAAAGGGACCUAUCAUUAUGGUCGAUUGUGAUUUUUACUUUGUUAAAAUGACGUUUUGUACUGUUGAAAUCGAUACAGAGGCGCGUCGUGGGAUUUUCUGUGCGUGAAUUAAAAUCCUCGUUUUAAUUUUAACGUCGAACGAUUAUGUAAUUUUUUUUUGUCUGUGAUGAUGUAAAUAUACGGUUUUAAUAUUUUUUUUGUUCGUAGAAACUGGAAAAUGAUAAAUAGUAACUAGUCGUUUUAAUCAAAAACAUAAUCGAAAGCAAAUAGAAUAGAAUUUAUUUGGGAAUAAAUUUUGUCAAUAAAAAAAGUGCAAUUAUGAAUUGAUUCUACGCAUAAAUGAAAAUUUGUAAAAUAGUUAUUUCAACCAAGAAUUUUAUAAACAUAUUUUGUAUAGUUUAUUUAGUUGUAAAAAUGUGAUAAAUAUGUAAUUAAAUAAAGCGCGUCGAAUUGCCGCAAUUAAAUUUACGAAUUUAUUCCGAUAAAUUCGAUGCGGUAUUUAUUGUUUUAAUUAUAGGGUGCAAUGUUCAUAGAAUUUUUUUAACACAUGGUAUUUGCUCAACCAUAUUGCAUAUAGUUUUUUUUUUCAUCUAUUGUGUAUGCCAUUAUUUCUUUUUUAUAAAAAAUUGUAAAACUUUUACUUGUUUGUAAAUAAACUCUUGUUAUUAUAAAACU